AGGAGAGUGGGCAGGGAAGACACAAUCGCCCCUUGUUUUCUCUUCCCCGCUCACUCCAUAGUUCAGCACCAUCAACAAUCACAGAGUGGCCCUUUACAUUUCAGUCCUUUUGCAGGCACUCUUGUCCAGUGCAACUUGGUCCAGAUCCAAUUACACUUAACUGUCCUGCUCAUUUUUUGGGGGCAAACUUUCUGUCUAGGGGAUUCAAUCUAGCAACCUUUUGGUUACUACUCUUGGUGCUAAGUUGUCUGCUGCCUGCUUCACCGCUCAAAGCCGGUCUUUCCACCUCAGAGCUUCUGAUGGCCCCAUUUUCUGUAGAUGGGAUGUUAUUUUUUAUCAGUCAGAGAGAAACUUAAUUUUAGACCCAGAGGAUGAAUCUGGGCUGAUCUGCCAAAAUGCUGUUAUGGCCUUUCCCCCUGGCUUCUUCCUGUAGGCUGUCUCCGAUGAGGACCUGGCCGGUCUCCGCCGCCUGUGACGGAGCAUGAGGUCCACUCUGGCUCUGAGUGACGGAAGAGGUGGGGGCGGAGGGCCGAGGGCCCGGCUAGGGAGGAUGAAGAGGCUGCUGUGCUUGCGUCCUACUCGCAGAGUGGACGUCCUGACGGACACGGAGCCCGGCGUCUGGCUGAGGAGUUUCCAGCCGCUGGACACUGAGGGUCACGCCGAGGACCCUGUGCAGGAGUGGGGAGAGGAGGUGGAGAAGGAUGCUGUUUUCGGGGUUACUCUACAUAGGGAACCUGUACUCCCCGACCUUUCCUCCCAGGACCCGUCAGACCCAGAGUCCUCGUCAGCCCCAUCAUCCUUUAGCUUCAUCCAAUACCACACAGUCAAGGUGCGUCGUUUGAAGGCUGGGACCCUGGAGCGCCUGGUAAACCACCUGCUGGACACUGAGAGCCAGGAGCAUAACUACAUCAGCGUGUUUCUGUCCACCUACAGAUCCUUCACAACCACACAUGCACUCAUUGAGCUGCUCUUCCAAAUGGAGGACAUGAUGGUCGACUUGGACAGUGCCGUCUGUCCACGGAGCACCUUGGUGCCUCUGAUCCGUACAUGGCUGGAGGAAAACAGCGAGGACUUCAGGGACCCGCCGAACCACCCCUCGCUGCGCCUCCUCUGCGUCAACCUCUACCACCGCUUGGCUUUCCGUCGCCUGGCACGCACCGCGGAAACACUGCUCAAGAAGUUCCUGGAAGAAGAUCGCACUAGUCUGCUUCAGUCUUCACCAAUGGAUGAGAACACUUCUCAGCAGGAAGAGGAGGAAUCGGAGAAGGAAGUGCAGAAACAGGAGGCGACUCGAGACUUUAUGGACUUCCCCGUGCGGGACGUGGCAGAGCAGCUGACGCGAUUGGACUCUGAGCUCUUUGUCAAGGUGAUCCCCUUCCAAUGCCUGGGCUGUGUCUGGUCCCAGAGGGACAAGAAGGAGAGCCGUGGCGUAGCCCCGUCCGUCCGGGCCACCAUUGCCCAGUUCAACGCCGUCACCAACCGGGUCAUUACCUCCCUGUUGAGCCCUUCAUCGGCGCCUACGAACCCGGUCUCCCACUCCGCGGGUCUCAGCUCACCCCCCCCCUCCCCAGCCAGCCCCGUCCUUAGGGCCAAGGUGAUCGAGAGGUGGAUCGCCAUCGCGCAGGAGUGCAGGACGCUGAAGAACUUCUCGUCUCUGAAGGCCAUCCUGUCAGCCCUGCAGUCCAACUCUGUGUAUCGCCUCAAGAAGACCUGGGCCGCUGUCAACAAGGAUUUUAUGGCUUGUUUCGACCUGCUGUGUGAGACGUUUCCAGAUGAGAACUGUGUUCUGACAAGCAGAGAGAUCCUGGUUGAGGAUGGCACUCCAGAUGACAGCGCCGAUGCCAGGCUGUGCCCCAUGUCUAAACAGCUGAGCAGCACCGGUGGUGUGGUCCCCUACCUGGGCACCUACCUGACGGCCCUCACCAUGCUGGACACGGCUCUACCGGACCAAGUGGAGGGUGGCCUGAUCAACUUUGAGAAACGCAGAAGGGAGUUUGAGGUUCUGUCUCAGAUUACCCAGCUGCAGGCUUCCUGUUCCUGCUACAGAUUUCCAGUGGACCAGGCCAUCACAGCCUGGCUCCAGAACCACACCAUGCUCAGUGACCAGGAGAGCUAUGAGCUGUCCCGUGAGCUGGAGCCCCCGGUCGAUCCGUGUCCCAACUCCCCCUCCUCCUGGAGCCACCGAAUCCUCACCAAGAAGAUUAUCUCGUUUCUGUCGGCGAGCGACGUCUCCGGCAGGAAGACCCAUUCGGAUCAGAUCAGUGUGUCGUCAUCUGGUUCCAGUGGUUCUGAGAUGGAAGAUCUGUCCUCGCCGCAGUCCCCUCCUCUCAGUGGCAAACUCAAGAACCUGUCGGCCUCCCUCCAUAACGUCGCCGAGGACUUCUCCUCCGCCUCCCCCACGCCGUCCUCCUGCUCGUCCUCCUCCUCCCAGCCCGACCUGUCCUCCUCCGUGGCCAUGAGCCCUGACUGCCGUUCCUCGUCGUCCUCCUCCAACUCUUCCUCCUCGUGUUGCUCCUCCUCAUCCACCUCGUCCUCCGCCCAGCCCUGGCAGCCUCUCUAUAACAGACAGGCUGCAGACUCCUGCAUCGUGAGGGUCAGCGUGGAGUGUGGCAACAAUGGAAACGUCUAUAAGAGCAUUCUGCUGACGAGUCAGGACCACACUUCCCACGUGAUCCAGAGGGCCCUGGAGAAACACCACCUGGAGACCGCGGCCUGUUCCGACUACAGCCUGACUCAGCUGCUGGGUCAGGAUAAAGAAUUCCCGAUACCUGACAAGGCCAACGUGUUCUAUGCCAUGGCCACCUCGGCCAACUACGACUUUGUCCUCCGCCCCCGCUGGAGGAGUCCCAGCAGGAACCUGGGCUCUUGCUCCAGCCCCGGGGCCCUGGCCCGGGGCCCCCAUGCCAAGUGACAGCCAGCCACGACACCUCCGCCUGGAAAGAAGAACUAUAGCCGACGACAUACAAGCCGCAACCAAGCAGACGUUCUGGAGCAGCGGUUCAACCGUUACCCGUGUAACGCGCCUGCUCUUAUCACCUUGAGCCUGAUGUCUGAUGUACUGUAGGGAAUGCGCGUUCAACGCUAGGUUUGUCCCGGCCUGAUGUCGUCGGCCGUCUGUGCGUUAUGGACAAAUGAGACGUCCGCCCUGGGAUGGUAGAUCCUUUUGAUCGUCGCGUCAGGAUUCAGGGGUAACGAUGGAUUGAAAGCGCGACGAGAGAGAGAGGUCCCCGCCAGGUUUCGUGUUAAGAGGAGACGCACGUGGACGGAGUUUUCAGAGAUUGAAACUGAACACUUCGUGACACAAAGGCGCAUCGUGGCCUUGUAUCCACUUUUGGCCGUGGAUGUCACUGGAAGACAUGAGAAAUGGACCGCACGUUCAUACUGAUCAUUUUAUUGGAUUUCUUCAGGAGACUAACAACCAGCUAAUGUCAACAGAUAUGCUAUAAUUAUCGUAAUACCAUUAUAACCAGCAGUCCAGAUGCACUGUAAUGGAUUCUUCUAAGACAGUCUAACAUAUUACCUAUCUAUUAUCACACAUUUAUUCAGAUUAUCAGCAAUGCACUUGUCAAUGUGUCUGUGUACUGGUAAACAAGGGAAUUGAAGGAUGGAAACGUCCCCUGCACAUAGAGUCUAGCUAGUGGUUAUUUUCCAUCAGAUGGGUGUGUAUUCUCUUGUAAAGACAUGGUCCGUUGGGUCUGAUCCCCAAAUCACUGGGGCCCACACCUCUGGGGAAAUGGUGCCUACUGCAGAACAGGAGUUCAUUCCUUGGGUACUUGAACAGGGUAUGUCUUCUGUCUGCCUUAGGGCUCUAGUGACAGUACAUGUGAAAGAGUGAGAGGCACGUGUGGAUCCUAAACAGGGGAGACCGCAUUCCCUGAGCACGUGAAACUCUUCAUCAGUGAGACCCAUUGUAAAAAUGUAAAUAUACAGAGAAAGACAUAUGGUAUAUGUGAUGACAGUUAUUAAGUUAUUAGCACAGUGUACAGAAUGUAGAACUUAGUUAUUCUCAAUGGUAUGUUGCAUUUCAGUGUUUCAGCUUUUAGAGCAGUGUUUUCUUUAACAGAUAUGAGUCAUGUAUUUUAAUGUUUUUUUGUCUUUGUCCUAUUUAAGUGUCUAGUUUCUAUAAAAGAGAGUCACUCCUAUAGUAUUUGUUAAUGUUAUGCUUUAAAUAGGAAGUUUGUAUAAGGUGUUUAUACAUUCUAAAAAUAGAAGGUUCUUGGAGUAUCCUUUGUUGUGAAACUGUGGGGGCACCCUUGUAAGUUCUUCAAUGAACCAUGUCAACUGGUAUUAUAUAGAACUAUUUAUACUUGUUACUCAAAGAACCAAAUGAACAACCUAUCCACUCAAAUCUACCCCAAAAGGGUCUUCAAAUGUUUGUUUGUGAAACCAUUAAAAGUGAGUUAUUUGAAGAACCCUUUCAAAGGUUUCUUAUAAGAAUGUAAGGAUUCCACAAAAGGUUCAAUGUGAAGAACCCAUAAAGGACCCUCCAAGAACCUUCUCAUUUCAUAGCAUCUGACUCCCAUGUCAAUUCAGUGGCACGAAAAUGCACAAUUUGUGUUGGGCUUAAAAAUGAAGGAAAUAAUACACUUUAAGUCAAUUUAUUUGUAUUGCAUUUUGAAUGCUGAAUGAAGGAUACAUGCAUACGAUUUCUCUACAAGUAACUGCAGGCUCUCGGGAGAAAUGCAGAAAAACAGAGCAGGUAGUGAUUUCCCGUUGGAUAAUAUCUUGUAACAGCCACCAAGUCGUGGUAGAAAUACCCUGUUUGGGGAAGAGGGACUGGUGCAUGUGUAUAUGGAGACACAGAAUGUAAUGGUGUAAUUUAAGGUUAACUGAUGUGCAGACGUGAAAGGGCGUGGUUGAAUGGUGACACGUGGGUGUUAAGAGUGUUCUGGAAUGUGGACCGUGUACAAGUCCAACUGGGCGAGGACCCAGAAUGAGCAUGAAAGGGAUGGUUUGUGCUGCCUGACGUUAAGCUGAAACUCCUGUGUGUUGUACUGAGAGCCACUAGUUGUGUGUGUGUGUGUGUGUGUGUGUGUGUGUGUGUGUGUGUGUGUGUGUGU